AGUGCAGGUGGUGCAUUCACAGCCGAACAGGUCAGCAUCAUAAUGUUUACAGUUAAUAUGUUGUAAAAUAAAAGUAUAGAUCUUCAGCAGUGCAGAAAAACUAAUAGAAACUAAGUACAGAAAAAAAAACGUGUCUGAGUAAAGACCAGAUAUUUUAGCUGUUCCUGAUCUGCUGCCUCCUCUCCUCUUCCUCUCUCAGGAUGAAGAUGUCUCAUUAGUUUAGUUUAGUAAAAUGAUUCAUAUUAAAUUUAAUCCUAGAGAUUAGUCUUUAGGAUUAAAUCUUUUUGUCUCUUUGUGUUUCGACCAACUGGAUAUUUGCUGAGAAUCACAAAAACACAAAUGCAGCACAGCAGAUUUCCUUAUAGAGGAAUGAUUCUCUUCACAGCUUCAGCUUUAUUUUCUUUGUGGUUCGUUUGCAAUGUUGUUAUUUAAAAUACAUUUUAUUGUCACAUUUUAUUUGAAAAGUGUGAAAAAUAUGUGAAAAACUUAGAAAAAACUCAACAAACUAUUCCCAGAUUUCACUCUCUGGUGUUUUCUUCUCAUGAAUUAUAACAGAAUAAUUUCACUCCUUUUACAACAUUGUUUUUCUUUUCCUAACCAGAAGUCCAGUUAUUUUAAGGAACAACUGGACUCUUGGACUUGAUGAUGUUCCUGAUGUUCUGCUGCCUCUCCUCCUCUUCCUAUCUCAGGAUGAAGAUGAUCUCCAGGAUCCUGCUGCUCCUCAUCCUCAGCUCAUGUCUCUGUGCAACAUUUGUAGUGAAUGUGACACAGAGCAGCUAUCAGGCAGAGGAGAACCACAGCAUCACUCUGGAGUGGACCUUCACCACCCAGACUCAGGGAUCCUCCAGGGAACUGUUCAUCUACUGCAGCUUGUUGGCUCCUCAUAAAGAACUGGUUCUGUAUCAGGUCCAUGAAGGUGUUGAGAUUCCAGAUUCUCAGGAUGAACAGUUUUCAGGACGAGUAGAGAUUGACAAAGACGUCCUCAGAGAAGGACGAAUCAGACUCCAUGUGUCCAGACUGAGGACUGAAGACUCUGGUCUGUAUCUGUGUGACGUGAAAACUGAAGAUGGUUUCAACUCUGGAAGGUGUCGACUCAACGUUACUGUUCAUAAAAACAUCUCAGCUGUUCCUGGACAGAACGUCUCUCUGCCAUGCCGACUCCCCACCAUCAAACCUGCUGUGGUUGUGCAGUGGACCCGACCGGACCUGGAACCAGAAGAUGUCUUCCUGUUCAGAGAUGAGCAGCCUGACCCAGAGAACCAGCAUCCAUCUUUUAGGAACCGGGUGGAGCUGCAGGACAGACGGAUGAAGGACAGAGACGUGUCUUUGCUUCUGAGCAACGUGACGACCAACGACUCGGGAAAAUACGAGUGUCGAGUUUUCCAGAGAGAAGCAACCGGCAGGAAGAGACGAGCUUUGACCUUUGACCCCAUCUGGAUCGUCUUCCUGGAUGUGGCGCCUCCUACAGAAAACGAGGAGGAAAGAAACAAAGAUGGAAGCAGAAACAAACAUGUUGGACUGAUUAUUGGAGCCGUUCUGAUCGCUGCACUGAUUAUUGGUUUGAUUCUUCAUCGUUAUGUUAUUAAAACAAAAGAAGAAGAAGCAGAAGAUGAAGAGAUCACCAAACUCACAGUGAAUGUUGUGGACGGUUCUAGUUCAGAGAUCCCCAACCUUGAUACUCAGAGUUCAACAUCCUCCAUGACUUGAAUGUGACUUUGCUCUAACA